CGUCCAGCAGCAGACUCGUCUCCGAGUGUUUCAGAUAAACGGACUGCAGAAUGAGUGGGCGGGGCAAAGGCGGAAAGGGACUCGGGAAAGGCGGCGCUAAGCGUCACCGUAAAGUGCUCCGUGAUAACAUCCAGGGCAUCACCAAGCCCGCCAUCCGCCGUCUGGCUCGCCGCGGCGGAGUGAAGCGUAUCUCCGGUCUGAUCUACGAGGAGACCCGCGGUGUGCUCAAGGUCUUCCUGGAGAACGUGAUCCGUGACGCCGUCACCUACACCGAGCACGCCAAGAGGAAGACCGUCACCGCCAUGGACGUGGUGUACGCUCUCAAGAGGCAGGGCCGCACCCUGUACGGCUUCGGAGGCUAAACCUGAUCCAGACCCGCUGACACGCGAACCCAAAGGCUCUUUUAAGAGCCGCCCACUUCUUCUCAAGAGUUUAUCCUGGUGAUUACUACUAGUAGUAAAAACAAAACUAUAAACAAUCAA